AUGGACGGCGGCGAGAAGUUGGCAGAGUUAAAGAAGGCGUAUACUGAUGUGAUAUUCAACAUGUCUAAAGAGGCGGCAACGAGGGUUAUGUCCUCCGAAAAAAGGGCUGCUCGAUACCAGCACGAGUUGAAGGUGGGGAAAGAGGAGGCUUUGAGAAUGCUGAUGCGCCUCAAGCAAAUGAUGGAUUUCAAGACAAGUCAAGCUGAAGCUGCCUCUAUUAAUCAGCAAAAGAAAAUCAAAGUGCUCGAAGCUCAACUCGAAGAAGCUGAAGAUAUAGUAAAUGAUCUCAGACACGAAUUAGAAAAGGCUCAAUCUGAACUCGAACAACUAAGACAAGACAAUUUGCAGAAUUCAAAUCCACCGACCAAUAAUGGGAUUUACUUAUAUGAAUCUGGUAAAAAAUUCCACCCAAUCUCCCAAGAAAAAAUAUAUGAUGGAACAAUGAUGAACCCGAUCGAAAGAAAUCUGUGUUCUUAUAUUAGGAAUCGAGAUUUACCUUCUGUAACUGUUAGACAUAUAGAACAAGGGCAGUACAGAAGUGAAUGUGCUCAAAGAACUCGUGCGUUUGAGAAGAAUCUGCUAGAUAAAGUAAAUGAUGAGAACAAUUGCGGAGAACAAGGGCAAAGGGAGAAGGAAGAAGCUGAAGAUACCAGCAAAGUAGCAGCUUUCGGGGCUAAACCUCUGAGUGAACUCGAGAAAAAACUUUUACCAGAUAUAAUAUUCAGAAACCUGAAAUCAUUUUCUCGAAAAAGGAAAAGAGCUGUUAGGAAAAGGAAAAUUGCAAUGCCCUUGAGUGUGAGCUAUGCUUCUGAUAUAGUCAAAGGCAGUGAUUGUCUGAGUAAAAAUAUCAAAACUGAAACGGGGUUUCAUCUGGGAAAGGAAAAAUCUUUAGGAACAGAAACAAAUGAUGUGGAAAUCGAAAUUUCACGUGAAAUUAUUCCGCAAAAAGAUGAAGGGUUGAAGGAAAAACUCGUGCCCUUAGAUGAUGAUGAAGCUAGAUUUGAAGAUGGUUUGUUGGCAAACGAUUUAGAGUCGAAUUUAUGUUAUAUCCAGCCUGUUACGGAAAGAGUCAUCAAGUACACAUUUCAAAGGAAGCAUAAGAGAGAGGCUUUUAGAGGAUCUAAUGUCAAUGGUGCAAGCGAAACAGAAAACGAGACGGAAGCUAAACAAAACGGUGGUCAAACCGUGAAGCAAUCUAAAGCUAGGUUGUUAAAAGAGUCUUCACGAGAAAGCAGAAGAUUGGCACAAGUUGCUCGUCAGGUCUGUGCAUAA